UUUCAUCGUCGAAUUAAUUAAUUUAUAUUAAUUCGCCUUGUUUUAAAUGUUGGCUGGAGCUUGAACACCACCUUCUAUAAAUUCGCCUUGAUUUUGUUGUUUAUUUAGCGCAGCUGUCAAAAUUUUAGAAUCAGCAAGUGGACACGGAUAUCUUUGUUUUUCAUCCAGCAAAUUGUCUGAUUGGUACACAUGCUCAUUUUCGAAUUAACCAGCAAAGUCUACAGUCCAUUAUAUCGCUAUAAAUUAACAAAUCAAUACGGUGCGUGAUAAGACAUCAGUGACUUAAACUCAGAAUUUUCAUUAUACCCUUCAAAGUAUCUACGGGGCUUUGUACGAAUUGGCCAGAUCCAAAGCAAAUUUUUGCGGGGUACUCAGUCGUGUGGGGUGACAACAAGCGUUGCGUGCAACGAGUGGCACACAUUGCGCAACUCCAACCAACUACCGCUAAAUGGUGCGGUAAUCAGUGAUAAUUGAAUGGAAAUCAAGAAAGUACAUACAUAUAUACAUGUAAUUGAAAGAAAGUUGACAAAAAAUCCAAGAAGCAGAACUAUAAGGGCCUAUCCAAAACGAAGCUAUGAAGAAACGGGCAGGGGGUUCACGCGGCAACAGCUCGCCUGAUGAUAGUGGUACUGAAAUUCAAGGUGAUGCAAACACAGGGGCUAAAACCAACAGCAAUGCUAACUCUAAUAAAACAGGCGCCGCCAGCGCGCCCACCACACCCACCAAGCAGCGAAGCUCAUCGUCCAUUUCAAGGGAUAAAGGACUUGAUGAGUUUGCCGAGACAUUUGUAAUUGUUAAUGAACGGCCCGUGGACGAUAUAUCGCUUGAUUUCUUCUAUAAACCGCAUACAAUAACAUUGUUCGCAAUCUCUGUACUUUCUGUGAUGUUCUUUGCUUUUGUUAGGAAUGAAACAAAUGAGGAUAACAUUUGGGCUGGCAUAUUGUGUGCUGUGUUCUUCUUCUUAAUCAUUUCAUUGUUGGCAUUUCCGAAUGGCCCAUUUACCCGCCCACAUCCAGCACUAUGGCGUAUAAUAUUCGGCUGCUCGGUAUUGUAUCUAUUAAUGCUACAGUUUCUCAUGUUUCAAAAUUACAAAACUAUAAUGAACAUACUCUAUUGGCUGGACCCGAAAUUGCAAAACUUUCACAUCGACAUGGAGAAGGAAUAUGGUUCCAAUUGCUCUGAUUUCAGCUUUGAGCGCAUAAAAAGCUCAAUCGAUGUAUUCGCUUGGGGCCAUUUUUUUGGCUGGGCCUUCAAAGCCGUACUCAUACGACACGCUGGUAUUCUGUGGGCUAUAUCUGUGAUGUGGGAAAUUACUGAAAUUACUUUCGCGCAUUUGCUACCGAAUUUCGUUGAAUGUUGGUGGGAUGCGCUCAUCUUGGAUGUAAUCGUAUGUAAUGGUUUGGGCAUCUGGGUAGGCUUGAAAAUUUGUAAAGCCCUCGAAAUGCGCGAGUAUAAGUGGGCGAGCAUUAAGGAUAUUUCAUCUACGACGGGUAAAAUUAAGCGUGUUGUGUUGCAAUUCACACCGGAGAGCUUCACAUCUAUACGGUGGCUGGAUCCCAAGUCGACAGCGAUGCGUUUUGCGGCAGUUUGUCAAUUGGUUAUAUUUUGGCAGGUGUGACGCGAACUCAAUACAUUCUUCAUCAAGCAUAUUUUUGAAAUGCCUCCAGAUCAUUAUCUCGUCAUUGGCCGUCUCGUUUUCAUUGGCCUCUUUGUAGCGCCCUCAGUGAGGCAAUACUACACUUACGUGACGGAUACUCGUUGCAAACGUGUUGGCACUCAAUGUUGGGUGUACGGCGCUAUUAUGGUCUCAGAAGCAAUACUUUGCCUAAAGAAUGGCAAAGAGCUUUUCGAACGUACACAAGCCAUAAAUAUUAUUUUGUGGUUAAUCAUGCAGGUCAUUGUAUCAGUGGCCUUUGUUUAUGGUUGCAUGCUGUGGCAGCGCGCACAGAACAAGUAUAAUAAGUCAACGGAAUCGCCCAGCAAAAAGGGUACCGCACAAAAAGACAGUGAUUCUGCGCUAAAAGGCGUAGUGAAGGACUACAAUCACUUCUUACAUCCGCAAUCGCUCGCAUUAAAACUAAAAAAUGUUUUCAGAGAACGCUCCGAUAGAACACUAUGUGAUGAUACACUAGAAGACAUUAAAAUAAAAAUCGUUUGAGAAUUGAUUAUUUAGCAUG